CCAGUAUCAUUCCAACCGUUUUCUCAGUCACGCCGCGCACGCGUCCUUCUAGUAUAGAAAAAUUCACCGAGAUUAAUAACGAAUAAUUCCGUUACGUCAUCCUUCGUUCGACACGUGUGUGACGAUACUUGUCCUCCACUUUUGUUGGUUUCCGUUUCUUAUAUUUUUAUUUUUUUUUUCUUCUACAACUGUGCUUUCAAGGGCCGUAAGUUCCGCUGUAGAAAUUUUCUACGCAUUCGGUAACCCGGGGAGGUUACAACCCCCGCAGAAUUCGAACAGGAUCAUCUUCGGUCUGUCUGUUCUUUGAGCCACAGUGACGCGUGACUCGAAGAGUAAAAAUGUUGGGCGGCUACGAGGCUCAAGCAGAAUACUACCCUCAAUGGCAUCAGCCUUACAAUUACAUGACCCAGCUACCCUACGGACCCGUCGGAGUUCCGGACCCGGUCGAAGUUCAUUCGACGUAUUGGCCGGCGGCGGACUCUGGAAUAUCCGGGGGCAGUUCGGGGGCCGGAAGUCCGGCGGCUUCGACGCCGCCGUUGAUCGAAGAGAUCGGGGUUCAGGAAUCUUCGCACUAUUCUCCCUCGUCGCAUUCCUCUCACUACUCGACGACGAUGACGACGACGACGACGAACCACCACCACCAUCACAAUCACAAUCACCACCAUCAUCAUCAUCAACAGUAUAACGCCCAUCAGAUGACCAAUGCCCCUGGGCACCAGUCUUACCCCGGAUUGAUGUACCAGGCUUGUCAGACUGACUCUGCGAAUCGCCAGAGCGAAUUCCUCGGUGGCUCGUUGCAGCCCUCCGACCACCUUCAACGCCUCCACGACGUCAGGGAAGGGAUGGUCGUCAGGCCGAAACGGAGGAAUACCGCGAAUAAAAAGGAGAGACGACGCACCCAGAGUAUUAACAACGCCUUUGCCGAUCUCAGGGACUGUAUACCGAACGUACCGACCGACACGAAACUUUCCAAGAUAAAAACUCUCAGGCUUGCAGCUUCCUACAUUGGCUAUUUAAUGGCGGUUCUCGACAGCGACGAGGGAGAGGAACCCCAAAGUUUUAAGGCAGAAAUUUUGUCGAGUAGCAGGCGUAACAAGUCUCAACAAAACGCGAUCGAGACUUCCGGUCAGAGCACUUCCUUGGCACAAGAAGAAGGCCCUAAGGGUAAGGGUAGAACUGGAUGGCCACAGCAUAUGUGGGCCUUGGAACUGAAGCAAGAACCUCAGGCCUGACUGCAGGAUGGCGCAGAGAAAAAGUCGAGGAGUUGAUUGAUCGGGAAGAAGAGAAUUUUUACGAACGUAACGAAUUGUGUAAAACAAGAA